UAAUUUUCCAAUUUUGGCCUUCCAUCUGCCAUAAAAUACCCACUAUUUCUCACAAUCGCUCCCAACACAACGGCCCCGUUUUAAACUUUAAAUAACUCAAAACCAUCACACUCUCUCUCUACCGUUAUCCCUGUUUUCCGUCGCUUUUCCCGUUCGCCGAUCACUGAACGUUUAAAAUAAAAGAAAAAAUCGCGUUAUGGAGUACUUUUCCGGUGAUUAUGCUGAGCUCUCGUCGGCCGACAACGUGGAUUUCAACGCUACUGGCGCUCAUUUCACAGUGGACGAUUUGCUGGAGUUCUCCAAGGAUGACGAGACGAUUGCCGACGCGUUUCCCGACGGCCUGGCGGGGAAUUCCGGCGACUCCUCCACCGUCACCGCGGUUGAUAGCUGCAAUUCGUCGGUUUCCGGAAGCGGCGGCAGCGCCAGCUGCCGCAGCUUUAACGAGAUGCAAUUUUCUGGCGACGAGCUGUGUAUUCCGUAUGAUGAUUUAGCCGAUCUGGAAUGGCUUUCGAAUUUUGUGGAAGAAUCUUUCUCCGCCGGAGGCGGCACAACCGUCGCCACCAACUCCUCCUCCUCCUCCUCCACCCUCACAACCACCACGCACUACUCGCCGCCGCCGCCGCCGCCGCUGUUCUUUCCGGCCGACGCCUCGGUCCCCGGCAAAGCGCGUAGCAAGCGCUCACGCGCCGCCCCCUGCGACUGGUCUUCCCGCCUCUUCGUCCUCUCCCCCAAGGCAGCGCCGGCGAGGAGGAGGGAGCCGGCGGAUGCCCCCGGCCGGAGAUGCCUCCACUGCGCGUCGGAGAAGACCCCACAGUGGAGAACGGGCCCGAUGGGCCCGAAAACCCUGUGCAACGCGUGCGGCGUCCGGUACAAGUCGGGGCGGCUCGUGCCCGAGUACCGGCCCGCGGCCAGCCCGACUUUUGUUUCAGCCAAGCAUUCAAAUUCGCACCGGAAAGUGAUGGAGCUCCGGAGACUGAAGGAGGUUCAAAUCCGUAGAGCGCAUGUCAACCAUCAGAUGUUCAACGGCUGUGAUGAGUUCCUAAUUCAUCAACAUAGUAACAUUAACGGUCUGGAUUUUAGGCACAUGAUUUAG